AUGUUGUCAGUAGCUGCAAAUUCACUCUCAUCGUUGCCUUCAACUAUAAGAGAUUCUUUUUCUAGAAAUAAUUCUGAUAAUGAACAAUCUAAAGAAAUUUCAGGAGAAGAAAACAAAUCAGAUUCUUCCAAUGAUUCAAACGGAAAUUCCCCUCCCAGUUCUCUAAAGGUCACUCCACCCUUUAUUGAGGAAGGUUCACAACAAAACCUUAAUGUGGACGGUUCUUCAAAAGCUUGGCAGGGAAAUUUGGCUGGACUUAGACCUCCAACAACUAAUAUAGACACUACGACCAUAAUUACCAACUCGUCAGGUUCUCCUACUUCGUUGAAAAUUGAGAACUUCGACCUUAAGGAUGACCAAAUUGGGACUCCAACAGUUGAAGAUUAUUCUCCUCCAAUUCCUUUAUUAAAUAAUGCAAAUGAUUAUACAACAUACAAACCGACACAAUUAUCAGAAAAUAAUCCUGGACGUCGUUCUUUUAAGUUACCAACUCCUAAAAAUUCUGGAAAAGUAAAAUUGAAGAAAAAACGUAGUGAAAGUAGCAUUGCAGAUGAAUCCCCAUCUAUAGAUUCUCCGGAUUUGAGUGGUCUUUCUCCAGCAAGUCCCAAAAAAAAUGCUGAAUUUCAUGCUUUAUUUAGAAGUGUUCCUGAAGAUGAUUAUCUUAUUAAUGAUUAUGGAUGUGCGUUACAAAAAGAAAUUCUUGUACAGGGACGUUUAUAUGUCUCGACGAGUUAUUUGGUAAUAGCUUUCUCGGAUAUCGUUUCAAUUGAAAAAAAGACGACAGCAUUUGUAAUUCCAAAUGCGAUUUUGAUCUCUACACUUCAUGCUAAACAUUUUUUUGCUUCUUUCAUAACAAGAGAGAGUACAUAUGAAUUAUUGCAAACAAUAUGGAGAAGAACUCAUCCCACGUUAAGUAUUUUAUCGGCUGAACUUGAAUUAAAUAAAAAUAAUAAUGAAAAUUCGGAUACGUCUGUAGAAACAUCAGCAGAAAGUAAUGAAGGUAAAUCGACAAAUGGUAAACGUAAAAAAAUUGGAUCACUUAACUUAAAAUCUGACACAAAGAAACUUGGUAAAGGAUCAACAUCAUCUGAUGAGAAAGAUAUUAGAGAAAAAGAUCAAAAGAAUCUUGGUAAAGGAUCAACAUCAUUAGAUGAGAAAGAUAUUAGAGAAAAAGAUCAAAAGAAACUUGAUCAACUUGAAUUAAAGGUUCAUUCGCUACCAUCAUCUCCUAAAAAAAGCGAAUUUUAUGACCAUUUAAAAUCAAAAAGUCAAAAAAGACAUCGGCCGAGAUCAAAAUCAGUAGAAACAGAAACACAAUCACCAAUUCUUGACAUUGCUCCUAUUUCUGAUUUCCCAACUUCAGAAUCCAAUAGUACAAGUAAUCAAUCGAUAUCCUCAAGAACGCAAUCUCGUAAACCGAAUAUAAAGAAGCGAAAGUAUCCAACCCAUUGUGCUUGUUUAAAGCAUUAUGACAAUGUGUCUUUGGAUACAACGUUUAAGGGAACAGUCGAAGAAUUGUAUAAUUUAUUAUUUGUUAGUGAUUUUUGUAAAAACUUUGUUAUUAAUAACGAAAAAUGUCUUGACGUUAACUUUGGUGAAUGGAAUAUAGUUGAUGGAAAAUUGAUACGGCAUUCAAGUUACAUCAAACCAUUGAAUAAUUCAAUAGGUCCAAAAAGUACAAAAUGUUGUAUCACGGAUGAAACUUUGCAUAAAGAUUUUGACAACUACGUUGUAAAUUUAUCUACUACUACUACACCAGAUGUACCUUCUGGUGGUAGUUUCAGUGUAAAGACCAGGACAUGUUUUAUGUGGGCAGGACCUAAUGAAACUAGAAUCAUUACCACAUGCGCAGUUGAAUGGUCAAAAAAUAGUUGGUUAAAAGUGCCAAUUGAAAAAGCCUGCAUUGAGGGUCAAUUGAGUCAUUGGAAGAAUCUUUCACUAGCUAUCAAAAAAUAUAUUGCUAUGCAUCCUUCAGAGUUCCAAGGUGCCAGCUUAUCACCUGUACUUGGGGAAAUAGAUCUAUUAGAUGAAAAAGCACCACUUAAGGAACGUACACGGUCUGCCGCAAUGCCACUAGAUACAACUACUCUCGAACAAAAUGCACCGACUACCGGGCAACAACAAACUGCCAAUAUAUGGAAUGCUGUGUUUGAGAUCCCAAAUGUUUUGUUUUCAAUUCUAACCCCGAUGAUACAAAAUAUUUCUAUUCCCUCAACCAAUACCAUAAUUAUAUUGGCUAUGUUGUUUAUGAUGAUAUCCAAUCUAUAUAAUUGGUCACUUUUACGGGAUAUUGGACAGAGACUUGAUAAUGUAGCUAGUAGUAAUAUACCAUUGUACGGAGGAAGAAAUGAAUUUCUUCACUAUGAUGAUCUGAUUGAAAGGGAAGGGGAAGUUCUUUGGAAAUGGCUUGCUGAAAAGUCUAAGAAAGAUACUGGUGGUGAUAUUAAUCAUUCAGAAGAUGAAUUAUCAUCAUCAAAAUGUCAAGUUGAUGGUUCAUCUUCAUCUUUUAACUGUGGGAGUGGUUCUGAUGGUUCGGAUAAUGAUUAUGGUAAAACACGCGAAUCUAAACCGAUAUCUGUUCAGCAUUUGUCUGAACAAAUUGGAGAUUUGCAUAAAUUGUUGCAAGCAGCUGAAGGUCAUGUCAAAAAAUUGGUAGAUGUUACCGAAUUUGAAAGUGCUCAUUAUCCAGAUCGAGAGAAAAAGCAGAAAAAACACAGUGCAUAG